CGGCGUCGUGUGGUGUGUGUGGUACUGGUGGAUAAGGCGUUUCUGCCGCGCCAACACCCGUUGCUCGGCUCGGCUUUUUGGCCCCCCCAAAAAAAUGGCCUCGUCGUCCGUCUUCUCCCCGCUCUUCACCUCGCUCCGGCUGCCCGUACCCACCGCCAUCUCGUGCUGUGCUUCUCCGCCGCAGGGCGUGGCCUCGGCGGUCCACGACGCCGUCCCUCGGCCAGUGCCGCCGCUCGUGGCGGUCGCUAGCCACAGGAGGGAGUUGGUGCUAGGGGCGGCGCUGACCGCGGUGCUGUCGAGGGCGCCGCUGCCGCCGGCCCAGGCGCGCGAGGUGGAGGUCGGCACGUACCUGCCGCCGGCGCCGUCUAACCCUGGCUUCGUCUUCUUCCGUGCCACCCCCAAGGACACCCCCGCGCUCCGCGCCGGCAAUGUGGAGCCGUACGAGUUCAUCCUGCCGCCGACGUGGAAGCAGGCGCGCGUCGCCAACAUCCUGUCCGGGAACUACUGCCAGCCCAAGUGCGCCGAGCCGUGGGUGGAGGUGAAGUUCGAGGACGAGAAGCAGGGCAAGGUGCAGGUGGUGGCGUCGCCGCUCAUCCGCCUCACCAACAAGCCCAACGCCACGAUCCAGGACAUCGGCAGCCCCGAGAGGCUGAUCGCAUCGCUGGGGCCUUUCGUCACCGGCAACACCUUCGACCCCGACGAGCUCGUCGACACCAACGUCGAGAACGUCGACGGCCAGACUUACUACAGCUACGUGCUGGAGACUCCAUUGGCGCUGACAGGUUCGCACAAUCUGGCUAAGGCCACCGCCAAGGGGAGCACGGUGGUGCUGUUCGUCGCGAGCGCCAACGACAAGCAGUGGCCGGCGUCGGAGAAGGUUCUGAAAGCCAUAGUGGACUCGUUUCAAGUAUGAGUGGUUUGGGCGAGGAGUUACGUUGUUGGCAAAUGGCAACAUCGCCCUUUUUGAGUUGAGUUGAGUUGAGUUGCUUUAUGAAGCUCUAAAGUACGAGGGAGUAUAUAUAAUCUGAUAAAGGCAAAACACUGCUUUUUUUGAGGCUUGAGUGACGGUUGCUGUUCAUAGCUUGUCGAAGACUGAGGCGUCAGAUGUACACAGUGAGGAACUGAUCAUUUUCAGUGAAAUGCAGGUUAUCUUGUAAGGCCUUGUUUA